UGUGAAUCAUGCUAUAACCGACGACCGACGCGACGCCGCCAAAAGCCCCCAACUGGCAGAGCUUUUUAGUUUAAAAGGCAAGACCAGUUCAGAUCAGCACUUAGUUGAAGUUGACUCUUCGUAGCUGAAUUAUUAAGUUCCAAUCUUUCCGAGAAACUAAAAAAACCAAAACACCCAGAAAACAUGGAUUUCUACUACUUGCCCGGAUCCGCCCCAUGCCGUUCAGUCCUUAUGACUGCUAAGGCUGUCGGUGUCGACCUAAACCUCAAGGAAUUGAACUUGAUGGCCGGUGAACAUCUGAAGCCAGAAUUCGUCAAGAUCAACCCACAACACACAAUUCCCACAUUGGUAGACAAUGGCUUCGCUCUCUGGGAGUCUCGCGCCAUCAUGGUCUACCUGGUGGAGAAGUACGGCAAGACCGAUUCGCUGUACCCCAAAUGCCCCAAGAAGCGCGCCGUGAUCAACCAACGCCUGUACUUCGACAUGGGAACAUUGUACCAGCGUUUCGCCGACUAUUACUACCCACAAAUCUUUGCCAAGGCACCAGCAGACCCUGAGAAAUUCAAGAAAAUGGAAGAAGCUUUCGGCUUUUUGGAAAUCUUCCUCUCUGGCCAACAAUAUGCUGCUGGUGAAAGUCUCACCUUAGCCGAUAUUGCAUUGGUUGCCACCGUUUCCACCUACGAAGUUGCCAAAUUCGACUUGAGCAAGUACCCCAAUGUUGCCAAGUGGUACAAACAAUGCAAAGCUGUAACACCCGGAAUCGAUCUCAAUCAAUCCGGAGUUGAGGCAUUUAAGAAAUACUUCGAUUAGAUUUAAGUAAUUUAUUAUGUAAUUAUGAUAUUAUGUAUUAUAUGUGUGUGUCAGCUUGAUGUUGAUUUGUUUAAAUUAAACGACACAAUUUUUUAAACCAUAGGUGCUCUUAGCUAAGUGUUCAAUCAUUUAAUAAAAAACACGUUAUUUUUGUAAAAAAAAAUUAAUAAAAACACAACAAGAAAACUAUAAA